AUGUCAUUCUCAGACCUUUCGAUAUUCAACAAGCUCCUCUUUACGAGGCCGAAUGUCCCUUCCACCCCCGAAAUUCGCUCACCCACUUUACCGGGGCACUAUCCCAGCUCUGCUUUUCGUCCUCCGACUACGCCUCUAAGCCGACCCAGAAUGAAUGCGCUUGCAAAUGAUGUUUACGAACCAGGUGGGGGGGAUGUCAACGUCCAGCCGCUGGCUACGACACGUCAUCGUCAGAAAUCACGAGCAAUGGAAGUAUCCAGUAGCGAUGAGGAUGAGACUCACUGGGCAAAUGCGACAUCUCAAUUCCAGGAAGGCCUUGAUCCUGAAGAUUUAAAUACCAUUGGGGGUGCGGGGCAGCUUGCUGCCGCACAAAAUAUCCAGCACGCUUUGGGGGAGAUGAUCCAGCGUAUGAUACGCAUCGACCUCGACACCGGCACCGCUAUCUCGCAGAGUGGCUUCCCACACGCCAAUCUCUACUUCAUAUCCACCCAGCCAAGCACCAGCACCUUCCCGGCAGCGUCCUCAUUAGUUCCAGCUGCCCCGAUUGCACCCGCAGCCGCUCCUCCAAGCUCGUCAGCUCCCCCUGUGACUGUGGAGAUCGAGGUUGUAACCGACCAAGUGCGCACAAUCGGAAACAACAACAGUCACGUUCAUGGGUUCUUUCGCUUUGAAGCUCCACCGACGAGUGCGCUGGAAGACCAAAAAUUCACAUACGGUGAUGUAUUUGAGCAUAGCACUCCUGAUCAAGGGGGGGGUUUUGAAGCCUCAACGACGUUCAUGAUCUGGCAAUAUAGGGAAGACACGUGGGUCAAUGUGACCGAUGGCUAUAAUCACGGCAAAAUACACCAUCCCUCAAUCCCAGGAUACGUUCUCGUGCCUUCAACCGCGCGCGAGCCCAAACCCACCUACAUCCUGUUAAAGAGCUUUAAUGACAGGAAGCGGUCUGGUCUUCGUUGUGGUGGUGAUCAUGAAGCGAAUGCGGUGCGUAACGAGCUGGCUGCUGCCGCAUGGGAGUACCAGUAUGUUUCUCUUCCUAUUGCUGAUCCAUACUUUCUGCAAUUGCAACCUUGGGCCUUCUGCUCAUCCAGCGAGUUCUCAUCGGUACGGCUACGAGUAUGGGCCUGGAGAUUCCUGGAGUCUGUAGCUGCCGAUGUCGCUGCCAAUCUCAAGAGCGGCGGUCUUUCGCUCCUCCACGCUUCCCAUUCUCUACUCAAGGACUCAAGGGCCGAUUGA